AUGCUUUCGACGCAUGGCAUCGUUCACGACAAGUGGCCUUUCCGUCUUGACAUUGACACGGAAUAUCAGGACUGGAUCCUCGUGGCGGUUUGCACGCUGGUAUCCUGCAUAUGGUGCUUACCCUGCAUCUGCGGACGCCUGAACUAUCGAGCCAGCCGGAGCUUCUCCAGCUUCGUCUACACUCGCCUCCACGUCUACUUCUGCGUGGCGACCUACUUGAACGUGUUUAUCCUGGUUUUCACCAUAGGUGUGUUGCCAGAUUGGACAGUGAAUCAGUUUUGCGUGUACUUCGUGGGCUUCGUUGAUUGGGUCUUGAUCCAUACGGCGAAGCUGAUUACCUCGUUAUCCAUCCUGUUCGCAUUCUAUGUGGUGUUCCGAUUCCGGAACAAGAUAGCUAUAGCUACUGGCUUAGAGCACAUCACGCUUAUUCGCUUCAAUUGGAGGGAUCUGUUCGGCCUCCGCUCUCGUCAGAGGCCCAUCGAGGUUUUCAUUUGGAAGGUCGAGGGGCUGCAGAGUGCAUCCUCCAAGUUCACGAAGCCUAACGAUCUCUUCGUCGAGUGUCAUAUGGGAUACAACGAGCCCAUGCGGACCCGCGUUCACAACAACGCCGGCAGUGAAGCUGUGAUAAGGGAGUCCUUCCAGCUGAACAUAGAUGAAAACUCGCCGGACACGUUGAUGACGCUUCUGGCAAAGGACCAGUCGUUGCUCACCAACUCCGAGAUUGCGCGGUUGACGCUCUCCACCAGAGAGUUGUGUGGCAUUGAGGAUCAGACCGGCAAACGUCGAAGCACGUUUUCCUACGACGAGGAUUCCUUCCUGGAGCUCAGUCUGAAUCCAUCCGGGAAGAUUUGGAUUGCAGUCGCUCCGGUUGACGAGGCAGCGGAGGAGGAACGAUCACUUUUGCUGCAAGAGGAUUCGUUGCUGCCCUGUUGA